UACUGAGUGGCCCACUGCUGAGCCAACAGAGAACAGGAGUAUCGCCCCGGCGGACAGUUGCAGCAGCCUACUGGCUCUGAUAUUUUUUUCAUUUUCUGGAUUUAAACACUACAGAGAAAUUCCGGGAUGCCUUCAAGUCAUAAUGUCCAAGGGGGCAAAGCCUUUGGACUGUUGAAGGAGCAGCAAAGGCAAAAACUGGAAGAAAUUAACAAGGAAUACAUGGAAGACCAGAAAUACAGGGAUGAAGAAGACCUGCCUGAAAAGUUGGAAAGUCUCAAAAAUAGAUAUGCUGAGUUUGACUUGAAUGACCAAGGAGACAUUGAUCUGAUGGGUCUGAAGAGGAUGAUGGAGAAGCUUGGGGUUCCCAAGACCCACUUGGAGUUGAAAAAAAUGAUCGUGGAGGUGACCGGCGGCAGCAGCAACACUAUCAACUACAGGGACUUUGUCAAGAUGAUGCUGGGCAAGCGUUCAGCCGUGCUCAAACUAAUCUUGGUUUUUGAAGACAAAGCCAAUGGCUCCACCUGCAAACCAGAAGGACCUCCUCCAAAGCGGGACAUUGCGAGUCUGCCUUAAGCGUAGAUGUUGACCUCGGGACUGCUCGUGGAGCUGAGGGACCAUCAGUGGAUGCUUGGAACUGAACCGUUCUCAUCAAAAACAUGUGCAGUGUUUGUAUUAGUGUGGGACCAGUGAUUGAGGAUGUGAGGUUAUUUUGUGAAUAUACACUGUGUGAAAAGGUGUUUGCUAUUUGGGAGACUGGGACCACGACUCACUAAAUGAUGUUCAACUGUGAAUAUGAUUAUUCAUCUUUUUUUUUCCUCCCUUGAUUAAACUGUAGCAUUGAUAGUUGUACAUGUAAUCCACUUGAUAAAUUAAGUUUUGUAGGGUGUUUCAUUGUUAUAUUUUAAGGGAAAAUUCUGCAGAUAUUUUUUCUCCCCGCUCUUUCUUGUUUCUUUGUUUCACUUUUGUGGGGCAUUGUGAGAGGACACUUUUGGAGCAGCACAAGGAAAAUAAGUAGUUCUUCCAACACAUUUUUGCACUGUCCUUAGUGGUUUUGAAUGAAUUCCUGCCAGGCUAAUCUUAGUCAGUGUUAGUCUUGCUUUAGAUCAGCUGCCAGAGAUUACAGACCAAACCCGUUUCCUCUAAGUCAUCGGCCUUUAGAGCCAAAAUACCGAUCUGUAAUCAGUAACUAGGUUAACAUGGUCACCUUAUGAUAUGAAAAACAUGUUUCCCUUUUCUACAGAUGCACGUUGAAUAUCCAUGUGCAUGGGAUAACGAUGUUGAGAUUCGUCCUAUGUGGCUUGAAGUACGGGAAAGUCGACUCGCUUGUAGAUCUGUUAGGUUAAGCACAUGUUCAAUUUGGAAGGAGUGUGAUGUUUUUUCAGGCACAUGAGCAGAACAAAUGUACAUAAUAAACCACACACAGUACAAUCAUAUUCUUUCCAAGUGCCUCAACAUGCAGAUUCUGCAGAGCUUCAAUGCAGAUUGAAAAACUUCAUGCAGUCUUCUUGGCUUACUAUAUCCAGAAAAAACGUGUAAUAACGUUCUUUGGUAUUUGAGGAGAUAAUUUUAACGUGAUUUGUUGAGUUAUUAUGUAACAGUGUUAAUUAUGGUUUUGAACGAGUGGUUUUGUGUGUCUCAUGGCUGUUUUUUUCCAAACGUUGUCUUUUUUUAUGUCACUGCAUCAUUUAACCUGCUUAUUGGCUGAUUUCACUUCAAGUUCGUCUAUGUAAUGUUUGUGUUGCGAUUCGUAUACUGUAAUUGAGUUUUCUUUGGGUUUUUAUUAAUACGUCUCCCAUGUCUUCCAUCAGCCAGCCAUCUCUUUCUGUCGAAGUGAGUUCUAUAAUUUGUGCCUCAGUGUUCGUCUCCAGUUUAACAUGUUUCCUGUAACUCACACUAUUUACUGUGACUUUGCUACUUGUAGUAGUUUUUAACACACAUAACGUGUUUUUAAGUAUUUUUGUCAUUUUUGUUUUCAGUCUCUUGGGUAGAUUUACACCUUUUAGUGUUGUUGAGGUGCACAUUGUUUGCAGACACCAAAGGAAUUAAACAUUCUUGUGACA